AUGUCUGGGAACUACGAUUACCCUCCUGCCUCCCGCCGUGCCCCUCGUGCAAGUCGUACUUCCGACAGAUCUCAACCACCUACUGAAAAUCGCUUACAACAUCUGAGGGAUUUAUUGAGCUCUGAGCGCCAUCGGGAUAGUUCAGCGACUACCCGCGCUUUGGAAAUACUCAACCAGGAGAUAGAGGAAUAUCGUUCCAGUCGGGCCCGGAACUGGACCAGCUUUGAGCAAGCUAGAGAAGCUGUAGAUCGUCAGAUCCAACUUUUGCAGGCAGCGACACCUCACAGGGAGGAGCAGACGCGCGGUGCUGAUCACAUAGGCUACCCGCGACUAGGGACGCAGAGGACUUCAACUACCGAUGUCGCGGGGUUGAAUCCUAGCACAGCUCCUUCGAAUUCCAUACGAUCAGCUAGUGACAGCAGACCUUCUAGACGCCGGCCCAUGCGGCAUCGACACCAAGAAGGACGAAACAGAGCUCCCGAGGCACAAUCCCUUCUUGACGAGCUCGUACCACUCGAUGAAACACUUUCUGCGAUGCCGCUAGAACCAGGCACCGAUGUGCAGGGGGACAGUCGAAGGGUCAAACGCAGAAAGCUCGAGUCAGACGACAAAAGAGAAGGGCCCCAAGCUUUUCGCUACGGCCACUAUGGCCAAGUAGUUCCUGGCGCCCUGAAGAUGGAAAUCAAAAUGUGCGACGGUGGGACAUACGAUGAUUCUGACGGCGAGAAUUCGUGGCCAGAGAACAUCUUGCGCAAUGAUUCAGCUGUCUACUGCACAAAGUCAGAUCGAUGCAAUCUGAUUCUGAAGCAUCGGGGAGACGCCCCCUUCUGCUUGAGCAAGAUUGACAUCAAGGCCCCCAAAUCUGGUUACAAUGCUCCAGUCCAGGAAGGAAUGGUGUUCGUGUCUAUGGCGUAUGAUGAUGUCUUGGCUCGUACCGCCGCGUUCAAGAUUCUUAGACCGGCCCCUCGUCGUUCUAAUCGGAGCAGGCGUACUGGUUUGCAGCCUUCUGAGGAAUAUCUGAACGCGUUCCGGACACCCCUCCAGACUUUGGAAAGAGCGGUAUUUGGUAACACAGAUUCUCCUUCGGAUUCUGAUAGCGACAUCAGCACCAUCGCAGGACCCGAUGCCCCCGAUCCCAUGGCUGAGUUUCAGGUAACGACUGAAUAUGAUGGUACCUCUGAUAAUGAUGAUGGCUGUGACAUGGACGACGAGGAUGAGGCGGAUGAUGUUGACGGCUCCGAAAGCGAUGAAAGUGAGACUGAAAGACGGGUUGUUUCCGACGAAGCUACCUUUUACCGGAGACGUGAUGAAAUGCUGCAGCGUAUAGAGGCUGUGGAAUGGUCGUACGAGAUGGAACAGCGCGGGCUUGAAAGGCGCCGUCGGAUCCCCAAUCGUGUCGAACCUGCUACAUCAUCUGCGGCCCCAGAGUCUCGACCUGCAGGCUCAUCAUCUCCGCCUGUGUUAAAGCCGCAUGCUCGUUUCUUCAUAGAGCGAGCAAAGAGCAUGGUCAGCAUCAAGUUUGAUCCACCAGCCUCAGGCAGAUACAUCUUGAUCAAGCUCUGGAACCCCCGCAACGAUGGCAAUAUCGAUAUUCGGAGUAUCAUCACGUACGGCUUUGCUGGUCCUCGAUUCUUCCCCGCUGGAGAAUUUAGGUAG